GUAUCAUCUUGUUCUACAUGAUCCAUUGCAACCAAAUAUUUUUCAUGGAUUCUGUUCUCACACUCAUAACUUUAGUAGUAGCAUACAUAAUUUGUGUUAUGCUAUUUACUCAUCUGGGCUGGAUAAGAAAUGGAGUUAAAAAAGGUAACAAAGGGUUGGGUAAAACACUACCUGAACCUGCAGGUUCAUGGCCAAUAAUCGGUCACUUGCAUCUGUUUGCUGGUUCUAAAGUUCCUCACAGACUGUUGGGCUCUUUGGCUGACAAAUAUGGACCAAUUUUCAACAUCAAAGUUGGUGUCCAUCGAUUUCUAGUUGUGAGCACUUCAGAGAUGGCUAAAGAGUUCUUAAGUACCAACGACAUAAUCUUUGCUAGCCGACCAAAAAUGAUCGCCGUUGAGCUUUUGGGCUACAACGGUGCUAAUUUUGCACUUGGACCAUACGGACCAUUCUGGCUUGCGAUGAACAAGAUAACCGCGCUUGAGCUGGUUCCUUACCGUCGGCAUCAAAUGCUAUCACAUCUUAGAGUGUCUGAAGUGACUACAUCCAUAAAAAACAUGUAUAAAACUUGGACCUUUAAUAAAGGGUCUUCCAACACGGUAAAGGUUGACAUGAAACAAUGGUUUCGUGACUUAAUUGUGAACAUUCUUUCAAAGAUGAUAUUCGGCGAUCGUUUUUCUACUGGAGAACAAAAAGGAGAGCAAUUCAAGAAGGCUCUUACGCGGUUUCCAGACCUAAUGGGUGAGUUUGUGCCAUCAGAUGUUUUUCCAUGCUUGAGGUGGUUGGAUUUAGGAGGGUGCGAGAAGAAGAUGAAGACGACAGCAAAAGAGUUGGAUCUUAUAAUGGAUGAGUGGUUAGAAGAAUACAAAAUGAAGAUGAAUUCUACGCCGUGUUUAGAGAGAAAAGACCAAUCCUUGAUGGCCGCAUUGUUAUCGCGAGUUAAACAAGAAGUAAAAGAGGACGCUUAUGGCUUCAGCACUGAUGCCAUAGUGAAAGCUACAUGCUUGGCAAUUUAUUCUGGAGGCACAGACGCGACAAUAUUAACUCUUACAUGGGCUUUAUCUUUACUAGUUAGCAACCCUCUAGAGUUAAGAAAAGCUCAAGAAGAGGUGGAGAACUAUGUUGGAAGAGAUAGAAUAGUUGAAGAGUCUGACUUGAAGAACUUUGUCUAUCUACAAGCCAUUGUAAAAGAAACGAUGCGCCUUUAUCCACCUGUACCCUCUUUGCUUCCGCGUGAGUGCACAGAAGACUGCGUCGUAGGUGGUUACGCUGUCCCUAAAGGGACGCGGCUUUUGAUAAAUUCUUGGAAGAUUCAACAUGAUCCUCAAAUAUGGAAUAAUCCGUUUGAAUUCCAGCCUGAGAGAUUCUUGACUAGCAACAAGGAUAUUGAUGUCAAGGGUCAACAUUUCAAACUCCUUCCCUUUGGUGGUGGUAGAAGAAUUUGUCCAGGAUUAUCUUUGGCUCAUGAAGACAUUAUGUUGAUAUUAGCCACCAUAAUUCAUGCAUUUGAGUUCCAAAAUCCAUCAAAAGAGGAGAUUGACAUGACUGAAAAGCCCGAAUGGGCAAUUAUCAAAGCCACACCACUUGAGCUCCUUGUUGCACCACGACUAUUGCCAGACUUGUACCAAGUUUAAAACUAGGCCACUGCAGCCGCCAGCUUUUCUCAAUUUGCAUGCCAUCAGGCUCUGCCAGAUUAUUGUUCACUGUAUGAAUAUUAUCUUUUACAAAACAUGUCCAAUAGAAAAUACUGAAAAGCGUAUAACAUUUAAACUUAUAAAUGAAUAUGUAUUAGGGAUGUA